ACAACAUUAGCCAACUAGUAGUUUGAUACAUUUGUGUGCUACUCCUGUCUCGCUUUUAUUUCAAAAUAUUAAUAUAUUUCAAAAUAUUAUUCAGCGUUUCUCUAGUUGUCCUCUUAUCAGAGUUAACCAAGCUAGCUAGCGGCUGAUAAAGUUAGUGUUGCUAGUGCUAACGUCAUAGUAAAACUUUUACCUUAAGAUGUGCUCCGCUGGCGGUACACAGGAUGUUUUGCAGCGGGUCAACCAGUUUUGGUCCAUGCUGGAUGAUCUUUCUGAAAACGACCCCGCAGCCUACCGCAAGUUCAUCCAGAAACAGAUGGAGGAAAGGGCUGAAUUCAUCGCACCGCCUGAGCUCGACUCUUGUCUGUACACUGAAAUACUGGAGCCCAACAAAGGGUUGCUAUAUGUCAAUAUAUGCAGCUGGAAACGUGUGCCUGCACCUCAGGAUCCCAGCAAGCCAUUACCUGUGUGUGCAGGAAAACUGGAAACAGACGCAAAUGAAAGUCAAGGCCUGUACACUGUGUUGGAUGUAGCAUUAAACCCUGCGGUGCUAGAGGAAAAUAAGCAACAUAAAACAGAAGUCUAUAUGCUGGCCCUGAGCUUUGCCCAGCAGCAGCAUGGGUUGAGGUUAUCUCAGCAGUACACUGUCAUUAGCUGUAGCCCGAAAAGUAGUCCAGAUGACUUGGGUCGCCGCCUUGGAUUUCAGCAGUGGCCCAACAUCUCCAAACAGCCUGACACAGCCAGUCAAACCCCAGCUGACCUCCUGCAGCAGAUCUCCUCCCUACAUACAGAGAAACAAGACGACAAACCAGCAGCUCAAAUUAUCUGUAGAUCCGCGGAGCACAGAGAGGAUUUGAUCCAGGUCAUCUCCAGCACUUUUGUGCAGCCUCAGAAGCCAGAGUACCAACUCGAAGUGAAAACUGAUACAGCGGGAGUUCCUCGCAGUGUGGAGCUGACAGUAGAGCUGCCAAAGGUUUGCUCCAUGUCAGAAAGCCAGCUGAGAAUCUCCAAGGAUGACGUCUUACUGGAAGUGGAGGAUGUUUACUAUUUGCUUCUGGAGCUUCCAAAAACUGUUAACGAAGACACUGCAUCCGCCAUCUUUAACAAGAAGAAACGAAGGCUGACUUUAAAAGUGGACGUUUUGUGACCAUUUGCUUUAAUGGGAAAACAAGAGGUGAACAGUCCUGCUGGGAAUGGGCUGAGGAAACUGUGAAGCUAGGAGUAAAUUCAGACACUGAAAAUACCUCAAAGCAAAUUACCAAAACAAACUAGAUUCCCUCUCUGCUAUCUGAAAAUCCUUGGGAACACAUUAUACCAUGAAAAACUAAAAGCUAACAAACAAUAAACAGCUGCCCUGUAAACUGAUGCCUCCCAAAACCAAAAUGUUUUUCUGAAACAAAUAUGUCACCGCGUGGGUUGAUGUGCAGCAGCAAAUUUAAUUCUUAACCCAAAAAACAUUAAUUGACUUUAAUGACAAGCUGUGGGUUUUGUUUAUUAA